AUGAGACGUGGUAAUCCUUUGCUCAAACACAUUCAUCACGUCGCGUGGGAAUACGCGGACAUUGAACCCGACUAUGUGGUUGGUCGAAAUAACUGUGUAUACUUUCUCAGCUUGCGGUAUCAUAACCUGAACUCGGAAUAUAUAUUUGAGCGAUUGCGUCAAACCAAACAGAAUUACCAGCUAUCCGUGUUGCUCGUCCUGGUGGAUGUGACCGAUCCGCAUUAUCCGCUUAAAGAGUUGUGCAAGCUUUGUUUGACCGAGAAAUUGACUCUCAUGUUGGCCUGGAGUCCGGAAGAAGCUGCACGUUAUCUCGAAGCAUAUAAGGCACUGGAAAACAAACCACCGGAUGGAUUGAUGCCUGAAGCGGCCGCAGCAUCAGAUCAUGUUGCCCAAAUCACUGGAUUCCUGACCUCGGUUCGGCGUAUCACCAAGACCGAUGCCGUAUCUGCUAUCGACAAAUUUAAAACAGUGGCCGAUAUCAUAAUGGCUGAAGAGUCAGAACUGGAAGCUUUAUCCGGUUUCGGGCAACGAAAGGCUAAAAAACUACAUGAAGUUUUCCGGCUGCCCUUCCAACGUGAUAAAACCGAAUGA